CAAUAAAGUGUCCUGUGAUCUGGAUCUGGUGGCUUUGCUGGAGCAUUACGACUAUGUGGAAAAUGACCCUGAAUUUACCCAGCAUUCCCAUGUAAUGCUCCUCGAACUGGUGAUUGACAGAAAGGCUGCUGUUGCUGCUUCAGAGCUUCACAGGCUACAUGGAGAAUCUCAUCAGCGAACAAGCUGUGCCCCCCUCCCGGGCAGUGGGACCCUGCAUGUCCAUCGGGCUGGCUGUGAGGAAGUACGGGAACAGCAUGUUGAAACUGGGAGCGCUCCAUCAGCAGCUAGUGACUGAGAAGAAAUCUAACAGGAGGGACAUCUCUGCACUGAAAUCUACCCUGCAAGAUGUGAAAGCUGAGAAUGAGCCUUUGAAAAGCUGCUCACCUGUGAUUUCAGAAUCAAGUGCAUUAUUAGCCAGUGCCCAGUCAACCAUGUCAUGUCUACCACAAACCAUCCAUGGGCCAGACUGUGGUUUCUCAGACACCUCACAGCCACGAUCUGCAUAUGGUGUCACCAAGAAUGUCUGUAGUGUCCAUUCUCAGACAAUUGAGUCAUCUCUGGUGCCCUGUGAUGCAUGUGCAAGUGGCCAGGCCAGCCUCUGGGAGGUCGGUAAAGCCAUCAUCAGCAUCUGCCACAGCCAGAACAUCCCCUCGUCCCUGGGCAAAUUCCAAGAGAAGGUUGAGGAGACCCUAGGCAACAAGCCACUCACCACUACUGACAUAAGUUUCUGGGCAUCAGAACAGAGCAAAGACCUCUCUCGUAUCAACAGACAUCUUGGGGUGCUGAUGCAGCUGAUAAACCCUUUGAAGGCAGAUCUGGAAGAAUCUGAGAAACAGAAGGAUGAGCUGAGGAAGCAGGUUGAGGACUUUGACAAGCUUCUUCAGAAGGCAACUGAGACCCAGGAAUGGCAGAGGAAGAAGGCUGAGCAGUACCUGGAGGAAAAGAUAAAGGAGAAUUUUCAGAUCACAGCCAAACUGGAGAAGGACAAGGAAGAUCUACAGACAGGAGCUGCUGUGCUGGAGGAGAGAAUUUCCACCUUGAAAGAAGAGCUGCUGUCACAGCAAGCUGCCAUGCGAGAGCUGGAGCUGACCAAAAGCACCCUGCUGGAGGAGAUGAGGACUAAGAUGGCCCACAAGAGCCAGAUGACAAAGCUGGAAGACCAAGUGCAGCUGCUAACCAGCCAGUUGGAGAACGCAAGCCACAAGCUUAGCAGGGCCACCACCCAGCUAGACAAGGAGAAGGCCAAAGUGGAAAGCAUGCUCAGGCAUGAGGAGUCGCUCCAGGCCAAGCAGAGGACCCUGUUGCAACAGCUGGACUACCUGGAUCAGGAGUGCGAGGAGCUGAGGGCCAGCCUAGGCGAAGUUGAGGAUGACAAGGCUAAGCUGGAGCAACAGCUGAAGGCGACACAGGCCGAGAAGCAGCAGAUUCAGGGCCAGCUGGAGGCCCAGCAGCAGCUAAUGGAGAACCUGCAGCAGGAGAAGCUGAGCCUGGAGCAGUCCACGUCCGAACUACUCAGGAACAUCUCCGAGCUGGAUGAGCUGCUCCAGGAGCUGAAGGAGAGGGAGAGGUUGCUCGUGUCCUUUCCAGACCUCCACAUCCCUGCUGAGGCGCAGUUUGAGAGCACUGGGAACAUCACUGAUGACAUGGAAAAGCAGCUGCAGGCGAACAACAUCCGAAUUAGCAUCCUGGAGGAAGAGAACUCGCGACUCAGGACCACACUAGCCAAAAUGAAAGAGGCGGCCCAGCAAGGAGCGUUAAGGUUCAUCCCACAGACCCAGCUCUGGGCUCACUCCUCCUCCAGGACUGGCUCCAAGGACGGCAUGAUGGACCUCCACAAGGCUUCCACAGGCAACCCUAACCUCGCACACAGACCUCCAAGCAGUACAGUACCCCACCGGCUUGCGAGUGGCCAAGCCAGCAGCCAGAGCAUGGCCCUCCAGAGACCGCCAAGCAACCUGCCAAAGCCAUCCUCUGCAGAGGCCACGUGGAAGGCAAUGUCCUGCGUCUCCCUUCCAGCCAAGAACUCAGCCAUCAGCAUUUAUGCCAGACUGAAAGGGAAAGGCAGCACAGCCAGAGUCCAGGGCCUCUCAGCUCACAGCCCGAGGAAUCACCGGAAAUAGAACCCCAGGAGAGCAACCCCUGCUGGAGGUGUUCAGCCAAGGACACAAAUAAAGCCAUUUACUGUUCUUCCCCAAGGCUCCCUCCGAGUGCAGGGCUACUGUCUGUGACAGUGACAGAGCUGCAAAAGGGCUGUGCCACAUGGGAGCCCAGGGCUUCUCUGCCACUCGCCUGUUCCCUAACUGGGAUGGGCCACCUGCUGGAGUUAGGGCAGUCAGCUUGUGGGGGACACCACGCCUUGCAAACAGCAUCUCCUUUGGUGGAGGAAGGAGCAUUGGCAGCUCCACAAGGAAAACUAGCCGGACCUCCCGGAGCAGCAGGAUGGCUGCUGUGAGGGAGGCUGCCCAGGAAGAGGUGGGAAGGAUGCAAGGACUGAGGGAUCCUCUCAGGGAUCCAGAGGAUCUCAUGAAGACAGAACCCAUACAAAAGGCUGUAUGCUUUCCCACCUUCCAGCAGGAGACAUCUUCCAUUCCCACAUAGGAACUGCCCCAUUUUGUACAGACACAAGAGGGACUUUUCUUCCUCCUUAGGGAGCUAGGAAUCAAGAGCUCCAUCACAGCCUGGAUCAUACCCCCCCUCCUGUGGUUUAACAUCUAGCACUUGCUGCAAACCCCUGCCACAUCCUGGUUGGGUUUUGACAGCAUGUUGUGCUGCAAGGGCAGGAGGAAACAGCAGGGAGUUGAGUUUCAGUAAAAGAUUCAAGAGUUAAGACUUUUAACCAGUAAGAUUGCAGUUGGCAAAUGACUGCAAGAAAAGGGGUGGGGAGAACAGGAAGGACUGUAUUGAGUGACUGCUAUAUAACAAUUCCAGUGGGCAUUGACAGCAUACACUGUUCUGUUCCUUUUCAAUGGCUCUGUUACAAGUUAGGCUCCAAGAAGUUAGACAUGAAAGACUAGCUUAGAUCAGACUGUCCUUGCCCCUGCAGGGAAAGGGCAUGGUUCCCAGAGAGAGGACAGUGCUGUUAAUAAACUAGUAUUUUACAUUUAAGCUUAGCCAUUCCUUAAAGAGCCUCUGACAAUUACUUCAUUAUACUUCCCACCACCUAAUUUAUGCUGGUCAACACCCUCUUAAGAAAUUGCAUGUGCAAUUUCUCCUCCCACCUUUAUCCCGCAAUACUGUUUGUCCAAGGGCUUUUAAAGCAAAGGCUGACAUGCCUCCUUGAUCUGGAUAACAGCACAGAUUAGCAGCAGGGAGAACUCUGUGCGUCUGCAGGGAGCAUGUGCCUGUUUCAUAUCUCACACCAUAGCACCAAUUUACUGGACUGAGGGAGACUAAGUGUCAUUGGAACCCACAAUAAGACUCAUCAGCAGUAGAGACGCGUAAAAACUGAACCAAAUCGAGGCUCAGCAGAUGUUCAUUAACUUCAGUCUAGAGGACUAAGCCCAUGCCACUGCAUUCUAUACUACAUCCCACACUCCCCAGCUUAAGUCAUGGCAUGCACCCUGUGGAAAACUAGAGGACCCAGCAUGCAGUGGGCUUCUGGUGGAAUUCUCUGCACUAUACUAGGCAGAAGACAGCCUAGAUGAUCCUAACGGUCCCUUCUGACCUUGAAAUCCAUGAUCCUUCAUCAGACUAGCCAGGCUGCAUUGCAUGCAGGUUCCUGUAGUCCUCACCAAUGUGGCCCUUGGGUAGGUAUAUUUGCACAUCCAGAUGAAGCUGGGGGAGGCAAAGGGAGCUGGCUAUGUGCCCAAAGGUUUGCUCUAGGAGAGAGGCAUGGGCUAGCAGCCUAAGCAUAGGACUGGGAGUCAGGGCCUCUUGAGCUCUGUUAACACCUUGGCCACAUCCAUCCUCUGGCAAGUUACUGGACUGCUGUGUCCAACCUGGAGAUCAGAGCCUCUUGAGCUCUGCUAACACCUUGGCCACAUCCGUCCUCUGGCAAGUUACUGGACUGCUGUGUCCAACCUGGAGAUCAGAGCCUCUUGAGCUCUGCUAACACCUUGGCCACAUCCAUCCUCUGGCAAGUUACUGGACUGCUGUGUCCAACCUGGAGAUCAGCUUAUCCCUGUGCUGUGAGCAAAGACUACUGUCUGGUAUAUACCAUGCCCUAGUAUUUUUCUGGCCCCUGAACCUGCAGCCAGGCAGUAACCAGGGCACCGCCUUGAACUCACAGCAAGGAUCAAGCCAGGCUCUUUUCCAUGAUACACGCCCCUUUCAGCUUCUCUGCUAUCUUGGGAGGGACCCUUUCUAAAUGGCAGCUGGAGACUAGGAGAGAAAGGGGCUUGCUAGCCAGGCAGAGGAAAACUGAACCCAUGCAGGGAGCAGGAGGGGGAAUCAGUGCUGGAUUGUUCCGUAAAAGAAACAGCAACAAGAGCAGUGCAGGUUUCUCCUUGCUCUAGAUUUAAUAGCGCAGGCAGCUUUACAGACAGGUACAGUGCAUCGAAUCCAGCAACCUCUGGCUGCUGAGUGGGGCUGGGAGCCAGCCAGGACUCCCAGCAAAGGGCUGGACACUGCAACACAUCCACAGAUAUUGUUCUGCCCCUGCAGCUACCUCAUGCCAUUCUCUCUAAUAAAUUAGUAUAAAUAAAGCAAGCAUUCAAACCCUCCCCACUUCCUGCCCCUGCCCUCCAGCAAGGUGAUCUCCCAAGGGCCAGUGAGAAGGGAAGCACAUCAAAACAUGGCAGAUCAAUGCAGCUACCAGGCCCACUCCCCUGCUCCAGGUGUGGGCCAACACCCUGUGAGGGAUGAGAGGGGCUCAGUGUUGCCUUUGGCGACACCCAGCCCACCCUGCUGAGAUAGCCAAGGAGUAACUGAGAGCUGAGCCAGCCCAGGGGCUCCUAGCAGCAGCCAUGGGAGUAUAGAAAAUAGAGAUUUAUAAAAGGAGAGAGUAAGUCCCUUAAGAGCACUGGGCGGGGGCAGACUAGCCUGCCCCAGGGAGCACAGGGAAAUCAGCUUACAGCAAAGUGCUUGCACCAGCCUCUCCUAUGGUAGCUGAAGCUUCCCCACUAACCCUUUAAGACUUUGCCUAAGAAGUCUGGCAUCCCCUCCUUAUUCCCCUGAGCGGGUCUCAGGUGCCUCCUUAGCUUAUUUUACCAGCCCCCACAACCCCUACCCCUCCAAAGACGCUACACUAAUAUCGACAGAUCAGCUGCCCAGAUGCACCCCCACCCCCUACACACAUACUCAGAGGCAAAGUUCUGCCCUCCCUAGUCUCAGGGGGCUUGCAUGGAUUUAAGACAGCGCACAAUUUGACCACAUCCAUCCCUACACUGACC